CUCGACACGCUCUCAAUCGACGGUCAGCUCCCGUUCUGCUCUCUGACGGCCGGCGGCCACUCGACAGCGCAUCUGCCCUUCGAGUCGCUAUCGAUCGCGUCGAUGAUGACGUCAUCAGAGCCGCGCUACGUUCACGCGCAUCCCGACGGCCUUCGCGUCGAUGACUGCGAAACGGCUUUCCUCUCGAAAGUCUCGGACGACGAAAAGGCGUCACUGACGACAGCCAUCAGCGACGACGACGACGCCGACCGCGAGUCGCCUCUCCGCGCGCGCUCCGGCACUUCCGGUGAGUUUCCU